AUGAGCCUGCUGAUUGGUGGCGCGGCCUGCUCAUCAGGACGAAGUCGGGCUCUGAUUGAUCCGGACUCCACGAAAUGCCCCGAACUCUGUGGUUCGCGCACUGUGCUCCCCGCCGCCGCCAUGGCGGUGCUCGGAGUGCAGCUGGUAGUGACCCUGCUUACAGCCACCCUCAUGCACAGGAUGGCUGCGCACUGCUCCUUCGCGCGCUGGCUGCUCUGCAAUGGCAGUUUGUUCCGAUACAUGCACCCGUCUGAGGAGGAGCUCCGGGCGCUGGCUGGGAAGCAGAGACCCAGAGGCAAGAGGGAGCGGUGGGCCAAUGGCCUGGGUGAAGAGAAGCCGCUGUCGGUGCCCCGAGAUGCCCCAUUCCAGCUGGAGACCUGCCCCCUCACGGCAGUGGACGCGCUGGUCCUGCGCUUCUUCUUAGAGUACCAGUGGUUCGUGGACUUCGCUGUGUACACAGGCGGGGUGUACCUUUUCACCGAGGCCUACUACUAUGUGCUGCACCCGGCCCGGGAGGCCAACAUCGCUGUGUGCUGGUGCCUGCUGGCUGUCGCCUUCUCCAUCAAGGUGUUCCUGACAGUGACUCGGCUCUACUUCAGUGCGGAGGAGGGUGGUGAGCGCUCUGUCUGCCUCACCUUUGCCUUCUUCUUCCUGCUCCUGGCCAUGCUGGUGCAGGUGGUGCGGGAGGAGAACCUCGAGCUCGGCUUGGAACCAGGCCUGGCCAGCAUGACCCAGAAUUUGGAGCCACUUCUCAAGAAGCAGGACUGGGACUGGGCGCUCCCUCUGGUCAAGCUGACUGUCCGCGUGGGGCUUGCAGUUGUGGGCUCUGUGCUGGGUGCCUUCCUCACCUUCCCAGGCCUGCGGCUCGCCCAGACCCACCGCGAUGCACUGAUAAUGGCGGAGAACCGGCCUGGGCUACAGCUCCUCCUGCAUGCCAGCUUCCUGUCACCUCUGUUCGUGCUGUGGCUCUGGAUCAGGCCCAUAGCUCGGGACUUCCUGCAGCAGGCGCCCCUCGGGGGAACGUCCGUCUCCUUGCUGUCGGACUCGGCCUUUGACUCAGCUCGGCUCUGGGUGCUGGUGGUGCUGUGCCUGCUGCGGCUGGCAGUGACACGGCCACACCUGCAGGCCUACCUGGGCCUUGCCAAGGUGCGUGUGGAGCAGCUGCGGCGUGAGGCUGGCCGCAUUGAGGCCCGUGAGAUCCAGCGGCGGGUGGUCCGAGUGUACUGCUAUGUGACAGUGGUCUGUCUACAGUACCUGACACCCCUCAUCCUCACCCUCAAUUGCACAUUACUGCUGAAGUCACUGGGUGGCUACUCCUGGGGGCUGGGUCUGGCCCCCCCGCUGCCCCCUGCCCCAUCUUCAGUGGAUGCCCCUGUUGGCCCCGAGAGGGACUCAGCCCAGGAGACAGCAGCCCAGAUCGCAGGGGUUCUUGGGGGCCUGCUCACACCCCUGUUCUGCCGUGGCGUCCUCUCCUUCCUUGUCUGGUGGACGGCCGCCUGCCAGCUGCUCUCUAGCCUGUUUGGCAUCUACUUCCACCAGCACCUGGGGGGCUCCUAG